AAUGAUGACUAAAUAGACUCUGACUCCAGCCCAGUGUCAAAGCUUGUUGGUACGGCUCUGGGUAGUACUAAAGUUAACGGAACCAGGCAACGAUUAUUGUUAGCAGGCUCUGUUGUUAAUAAGCUGGUGUUAACUAGCUUCGGGGCUAACAUUUUUUACAUGAAAAUCGGGAUGUCUGUUGCUUUCAUGUGACGAAAACGGUUUUGAGGUUUAGCUAAUAUUAGUUUAGCUGUUAUGUUACCGUCUGCUUUUCUGACGUGUCUGCGGACCCAGGUAGGGAGGGUGGCUGAGAUGUAGCGUUAAAUUAACGAUACCCCAUUGAACUAUCAAGCCAGAAGUGUCUGUAGCCCGGGCAUGAUGAGGACAAGGACUACAGCAUGUUUUCGUUGUUUAGUCAUCUCACUGUAGAGUAAUAAAAAGGUCUCAAACCCGCUGUGACGCUAAUGGUCAAGCUUGAGCUCCAUGCAGCGAAGGAGACCAUGACAUGUGGUUGAACGUUUCAGAGAAAACCAGCUGUGGUAGUCAUCACCUCCAGUCUAGGCCUGACAGUGAUGAUGAAGAAGAUGCUUCCAUGACCUUGUUUGGCGGUGUAGUCCGAGGCCUCUUCCUGGCCUUGAUCUCCAUGAAACAAGGCGUCACCUCAGACUCGCGUUUUCACCCAAAAUGGAGAGCGAUCACAGUGACAACCCUGUUGGCUUUAGUGCUCUUGUUAUAUUUGCACCGGACAGUAGGAAAUGGGGAUGCUCCUACCAAAGGUUACUACCGCAGCCGGGGUCAUAAUUUACAAAUGCACAGCAAUGGUGGGGAUGACAAUUACAGGCAAACUGCACAAAACCUUGCUCAUCGUCAGAAAAAGGAAAAGCCUUACAAUGACACAUACCCGUUAAGUCCACCAGAGAAGACAAAGAACAGCGUUCGCUACCGUAUAGGUGUGAUUGCAGACCUGGACACAGCGUCACGUAGUGCUAAGGAACAGACUUGGUUCAGCUACAUGAAAAGAGGUUACCUGACUGUUUCAGAGAGCAGUGACAGAUUGGAGGUUGAGUGGGAUACUGAGGUAGUCACUCUGGAGAGUCAUCUUGCUGAAAAAGGACGAGGUAUGGAGCUGUCAGAGCUGGUGGCCUUCAAUGGUCACUUGUACAGCGUGGAUGACCGUACAGGCGUGGUGUACAGGAUCGAAGGCAACCAGGCUAUACCCUGGGUUAUCUUACCUGACGGUGAUGGCUCUGUCUCCAAAGGGUUCAAGGCUGAGUGGCUCACAGUGAAGGAUGAGCACCUGUAUGUUGGCGGCCUGGGGAAGGAGUGGACCACAACCUCUGGAGAAGUCGUCAACAACAACCCAGAGUGGGUGAAAGUUGUUGGCUACCAUGGUGACGUGGAGCAUGAGAACUGGGUGCCAUACUACACUGCCCUACGGAGGGCAGCAGGGAUCCAGCCACCAGGCUACCUUAUCCAUGAAUCUGCUGCAUGGAGCAAGCGUCUCCAGCGCUGGUUCUUCCUGCCUCGCCGUGCCAGUCACGAGCACUACGAAGAGACAGCAGACGAGCAACGUGCCACCAACCUCCUCCUUUCCUGCCCCGCAGACUUCAGCUACGUAACACUGCAGCGUGUUGGACCAUUCAGCCCCACCCAUGGCUUCUCCUCGUUUAAAUUUGUUCCGGACACGGACGAUCAGAUUAUUCUGGCCCUGAAGUCAGAGGAGGAUGCAGGCAGGAUUGCCACCUACAUCAUUGCAUUUACACUUGACGGUCGGGUACUGAUGCCUGAGACAAAGAUUGGGGAUGUGAAGUAUGAAGGGCUGGAGUUCAUUUGAAGAUGGACAGUUCUCAAAAUGGCAGGGGUCCCUCUUUUGUUAGAGAAUUUAAAAGUGAGCCAUACACAUGCAUCACUCUUCUUCUGAGUCCUGAAUAGUACAUUCCCCUCUAUUUUAAUGUGCAAUAAUACUGUGUAUCCCUAAUGUAUACAGCAUACUUCAUAAUUAUAUAGUAAUUGAGAGUAGCUUUGAUAGAGAAGGUAGCACAGGAGAAUGCUAGAUCACCAGGAGAGGACAUUGUCAUUACUCACUCACAUAUUGUGUGUGUGUGACUGGUCUCAGUAGCUAAACACACCAGCCAAACACAAGUUGGGAUAAGAUUUUUUUUUGGUGCAUUUUAAUGCCCUAACUACUUCAUAUCAAUGCUGGUGGAAUAAUGUAUUCUCUACCUUGAGUUAAACAUCCUGUUUCAUUUUGAUUGGACAGCGCUAGUCUCCCAGAGGAGUUUGGGUAAAAAGGUAUAUUUAUCGGUGUGAAACAAGGUUAAUGUGAAUCUCCUCUCUGCUGGUCAGACACUCAGGGGAACAAAGUGAAACAGUACAUUCCAAAAUAUAGACUACAUGUACACAAAGAAUGUCCUUACAUUACAUGAAAUAAGCUUAUUCAUUGCUUUGCAUUUUAUUUUACCUGAUCAGAUACACUGAAGUCUCUCUUAUUAUAUUUGCACAGGUGUAAUGAUCUAAUCAUGGUCACUUGAUGUAUAGCAGCUUCUACUCUGAGCAGGUCCACUUUGUCUUAACCAAAUGCAAGUAGCUCCUUGAUCCAGGGACCAAGUGAAACACCAGCUGUUUAAGAACUGUUUUCCUUUUGUAUCCUCUGAAAACAAAAUUAAAAUAUCUUCUCUUUA